GGAUUUGAUAUAACUAUUAGAUAGAUCAAAAAUCCUUAGGACCUCUUAAGACUAUUGAAACACUGGUGCGAAAAUGCAGAAUUCCUUGAAUGCUCGAAGUUCUUUAUUCUGAAAGAAGUAUAAAGCUCUGCUAGUAAAUUUAUGCCAUGUAUAUCAAAAAUAAAUUUGUCAGAAGCGAGAGUGACAAAAUUGUAAAAAGUAUCUGAAUAAAAGAAGAAAAUUUGUUCAGAGGAAAACGGUUCAAAAGUCGUGCUCAAAUUAUUAAAGCCGAUUUUUCGAUUGAAGUGAUCUCAGUUUUAUAGCUCUGUCUUGGUUUCUUAGCCCAAUUCCGGACUUAUUUGUGGUGGCGGUUUGAGCACAAUAGUGCCAAAUUCUGACCAUUUAACUCUCAUUUUGGAUUCUGUUCCUCAAAAGAACGACAGACGUCCGUCAUUGGUACUAUUACUACAACUAUUGUGAAAGUAUUGUAGUUAUUGGUGUAGUAUUACAAUUACUAGUAUUACCAGCGACCAGAUAGUUAAAGCAAAAGGUAGCAAGUGUAAAAUAGCAGCUAUAUACCUAAGCGGUGGCGGCGGCGGUCGAUUCGGUUAGCUCAAAGGAUUGCUUAGAUGUUUGCAAGCUAGCCUGCUUAUCAAGCUAAUGUUAUGAGAUCAAAAACAACACCAAGACAUUACGAGCACAACAUAUAAGUAUCAGAAUCAGUCAGCAAAACACAAACAUCCAAAACCAAAAAGCAGUUGGAGUGGUAAAAUCGGUGCUUCACAGAGCAGAAAACGACACGACUUGAGAAGCUAAAACUAUAGAAGCUCUGCUUUGAUAGAUUUGAUUUAAUCGAUUGAUCUGCCGGUCUGAGAGAAGGUAUUGCACCGCUCUAGCUUUGAUUCUUCUGGUCUGAAAAGAAGUCAGUAGCCGCCGACAGUUCUUGCAAGUCCAAAUCUGUCAUUGGAUACUCUCAAUUUUGACAGACAGUCUUGCACUUUUGAAUUCUUAUUUCUACAAUAUUUCAUCUCAGCAAAUACUGCGCUGAAAUUCACUUUCGUAUCUUUCUUAUACUUAUUCAAACUUUUUUCAAAAAAUUUUGAAGGAAUUACCAAUUACCCUACGGGACCAAAAAGAAUUAGCGAUUACUUGUAAGUCAAUAUUCGCUUUAACGAAAUGUGCAAUUAAAUUGUUAAUAUUGAUUAAAAGCAACAAAAAAUUAGCUUAAAUUUAAUUAUUAGUUUUAAACAGCGCUGGUAUAAAAUAAAAACUUUAUCUAAAAACAGGAUUUUCGACAAAUCUUGGUUUGAAUUUAAGUUUCGCAAUCCAAAUCUAGCUUUAAAACUAUUUCCUUUGCUCAGCCAGCAAUCAUGACACGCAGCUUUAAAAUUUCAAUUCCAACAUCAUUUUCGAACAUUUCUUUCAAACUUCUGAUUUUUAUUUAUUCAUUCCAUUUUAACCCGACGUUUGGGACACCAGCUAGCACUGAGUCACCCUCUAUUUGCCCAAACGGUUACCCCGUUCCCUUUCCGUGCUCGCAACACGUAUCCUAUGAACAAACCUACACCUUCUCCGAGUUCAAAGGUCAAACCCUAUUACGUAACUCGUUCGAGUCGUUGCAUAACUACUCGCUGCAAGUUGCUGAAAGCAACAGUUCGGAAAUUGAAGUUGAGCAUUUGAAAGUUUGUCUCGGGACACUGUUAGCUGAUGGAUGUUCAACUUUUUACCCAGAUUGUAAUUUUUCACAUCAAAAUUGCGUUCAAAAUAUUGCAAUUCCGAUGAUUGAACAGUGCUUUGGAAAAUUUCCAGUUUUGUUUGAGUUAUCUCAAAUUUCAGCUGAGAGUCUUCGCGUUCUGAUAUCAAAAUUACCAAACUGCAAAAACGAGUCAAAAAUUGACGAUUUACCAGAAAUUCCAGCUGAAAUUGAGACAAACUAUGAAGAAACUUCAUAUUAUGACGAUUGGAAUAAAGUCAAUUUUGGUUCGUCGGAUGAAGAAAACAUAGAACCGCAAUGGGGUGACGUUUUUGUCGAGCCGAGAAACAAAUUUGAACCCAAAUUGUGCGCCGAGAGCAAAUACUUCGUUUAUUUCAACAACAGUCAAUCGUGCGCACCGCGAUGUGACAAAACAGUAUUUUUCACGAAUCAAGAUAAAAAACUGGCGUUUACUUGGCUUUGUAUUUGGACCAGUUUGUGUACCAUUGCAUGCGGUUUCACAGUUCUGACUUACUUCUUGAAAUGCGACCGGUUCUCAUAUCCAGAGCGACCUGUGAUCUACAUGUCGUGUUCGUGUCUGCUGUAUGCGUUCGGCCAUCUGCUUCGGGAGUUCGCGGGUGUUGAUGGGAUCGGGUGUCUGGAAAAACAUGACCCUGGAACGAACGCUUACAUCACAUACUACAUGAGAGACAGUCUCGACGGCCAGGUGUGGUGCACUUUCACAUUUAUGAUGAUGUACUACUCUCAGAUGGCGAUGCACGUGUGGUGGGUGAUCCUCUCUUUCUCCUGGUUCCUCUCCUCUACUCUCCACUGGAGUCCAGAGGCACUGGACCACAACAGUCGAUAUUUCCAUCUGGUAGCCUGGAUUGCACCUGCAUGCAAGACUCUUCUCGUCCUCGCGACCCAGAGAUUCGAAGGGGACUCCUUGACUGGACUAUGUCUCGUCGGCGCUCAGACGCCCUCCAACCUAGCAAUCUUCAUAAUUAUGCCUAUAUCCAUAUACCUAGCAGUCGGACUAUUCUUAUCCAUCUUUGGAUUCUGCUCACUAAUGAGCAUUCGCAACAAACUCAAAAUGAACCCUGGUCUCAAAAAGAUGGACUUUCUUAUAAUUCGAAUCGUUCUUUUCGCUGUUUGCUAUGUAGUGCCUUGCAUUUUGUACUUGAUCGUUUGCGGAUUUGAGUACCAUUUAAUGUCACAGUGGACUGAGAAUGUUCUAGAACUCGAGAAGAACUCCAAAGACGACAUAAUUCGGCAAAAAUCAGUCGGCAACCUGCAUUUAAUGCUGUUUAAACACUCUCUGACGUUCUUCAUGGGAACUGCAACUAGCCUUUGGAUGUUCAAUUGGAAAACGGUAGAGACUUGGCGAGAAUGUUUCUGUCACACCUAUAGCCCAGCAGCUAACUAUUCACCUUACACUGGUGUCAAACCAAUUUGCCCUUUCGUCCAAGAAAAAAAUUUGCAACGUCGACAUGAAAAAUUAGAUUUCGCAGUUUCCAAGAAUCUGGUCACGCUCAAACCCGUAAACAAUUCACAUCAAGUAGUGAACACAAAGCGCCCUAUAACCUUGACUCUCAAACCCUUUGAUCCCGCAACAACCGAAAACAAACCUGUAAUGUACAAAGUUUGUAAUAGUAACGUUGCCGUUCCGUACAAACAGAGCUCUCCAGUGAAUGAGUUGAAAAAGCCUAAAGACUUUGAGCCGACAAUUAAAGAGGCGAAAAAACCGAUAACCAAAAGUGCGUCGACCACCACAAACAAUAACGGCACAAGAGGAACUUUGAAUCCUUACAUGCCAAUCGCAGUAUUCGUAUAGCUUUAAAGACUUAAUUUUGAACUCUCACUUCACCUUAAUUUGUGCAAAUGAUUUUUCUGUUUAUAAAUAAUUCAUAGUUUUAUUUUCA